UCAAAACAGCAUUAACUCUUUGGAAGCAGUUUGGUGGUAGAGUAACUAGCGCUGAAAUUUUGAGAACACAAAUGAGAUUAUACAAAAACCGAGAACCUUCAUUUAAGGAUAAAUUUAUUGAAUCAGUUGAUAAUGUUCGUAACUGGUGGAAUUUCUGUGAAUUGCAAAAAAAUGAAGAUCAUAUUUGUACUUUAGCUCUACGAUUAAAUGCAAUUAUACCUCAUAAUGCAGUUUGUGAACGUGUUUUCUCUAUUCUAAACUGGUAUAUGGGAAAACGUCAUACAAAGAUUAAUAUAUCACAUUUAGAAAGUAUGGCGCAAAUUCACUCAUACCUUGUUACUAAUGCAAGAAAUGAACUUAAGUUUGUUAAAUCAGAAAUUUCGCAAGACAAAUUAAUGCAAGUUUUUGAUAAAAUCGCAUAUGCUAUGAUAGAAGAGUGUGAUAUAUUUGAUGAUAAGAAUGAAAAUAACUAUAAAGAAGAAGAAUUUGCUAAUGAAAAAUCGAAUGAAGAAGAAUUGUCAAAUACUGAAAAUGGAAAUAUUUCGCAAUUAGAAAUAGAAAAUUUUAUUUGUUUAGAGCAUAGAAUGUUAAAUAAUAAUGACGAUAAUAUUUCUAGUAAUUCUGAUAUUAUUAAUCAUGGCGAUCCCAAUUUUGAUAUCGAUACUUUGCUUGAUAAAUUAGAAUAA